CUUUCGCGCCUGACGUCAUCAGUCAGCGCCGGCAGUAGCCUUUUCCUCUCGUGGGCGCAUAUGCUGAGCUUUCAGGGGAGGAAAGCAUCGGACCAGCGAAGAUGAUCCGGCUCCAGGUUUCCUUGGUGAACAGGGGAUUUCUUACACGGCUAUUGUCUACCACGUCAUCAAAACAGACAGAUGUACUAAGCAGUGCUGAUGUUUCUGCUGGUGAAGUGGGGGCAACUUCAUCAGAAGAAACACAUCCUGCUGCGGUCUCCACUGACCCCAUCCUACGGAAAUGCAGCAUUGCUGUCCCCAAACACCUUACACCUGUCCAGGCUUGGGUGGAAUCACUGAAACAUUAUGACGCCAGACAUCUCGGCUUGGUAGACCUGCAUCCAGAUGUGUUUGCAGUAAUGCCCCGAAUUGAUAUCCUGCAUGCAGUGGCUAUCUGGCAGAAGAAUUUUAAGAGAAUUAGUUAUGCCAAAACAAAAACGCGGGCAGAGGUGAGUGGUGGCGGCAGGAAGCCCCGGCCACAGAAGCACACUGGGCGGUCACGGCAGGGCAGUAUUCGGUCACCGUUGUGGCGUGGCGGUGGGGUCUCCCAUGGCCCUCGUGGCCCCACCAGCUACUACUAUAUGCUCCCUAUGAAAGUGCGGGUCCAGGGCCUCAAGGUGGCUUUGACAAUGAAACUGGCACAGGAUGGUCUACAUAUUGUAGAUUCCCUGGAGAUUCCCACUUCUGACCCCCAGUAUCUUACAGACCUGGCCCAAUACAGGCACUGGGGAAGAUCAGUACUGAUUGCAGAUGUCAACGAAAUACCUGAGAACAUGCUGGCUGCGACAAGUCGUCUUAAAACCAUCACAGUAUUGCCAGCCAUAGGUCUGAAUGUGCACAGUAUGCUGAAGUAUGAUACCUUAGUGCUCACCUUGGAUACAAUUGACUUCCUGGAAAAGAAACUCCUGUGGCAUGACGUCCGGUACGCGCCGCUGUAUCCCUUCCGGUUGCCCUACAGUGACUUCCCUUAGCCUUUGCUCCAAAGAUGGACCUGGACGGAGGUGCGCAAGGACAGCUGUAAAUCAUUUUGAGCACACUUAAGAAGUACACUUUUUUAAAAAGUACAUUAAAUCUAGCUUAUUGACCACAA